CGAAAUAGAUCUUGAACACAGCGGCAUAAUCACAAUUAGUCUAAUUAGUCUAAUGUCAACACCCCCAACCCUCCCCCUCCAUGAAAUAAUUUAAUAUUAUAACUAUCUGACAGGAAUUGAUUAGGCUUCACCAAAGCUUCUAAGAUUUUCUAAAACAAGAAACAACUCCUAACCUGGCCUAAUGCUUAAAGCAAUAAUUAAUCAAUUGGUUCUGAAAGUCUUAAGAGAGUUUCUUAACAUCGUUAAUCUUUUUUGUAAAAGAUACCUAGUUUUAAGAAAUUUUCGUAAAAAAGGUUCAUUUCUUAGUCUUUCAUUAAAUUUCGGGAUAUGUACUGUAUUAUUUUUUAGAUUCACGUUAUCAACCGCAGUAUAUCACAUAACUAGUACUGCGAAUAACACAUUAACGGGAUUUAAAAAGAAUGGGUUUCUUAGCAAAAUAAAUUUUCAGUCCUCGUGUAUAAGGUUUUUAUGGAGAUGCAGCAGUGCCACUCCUACCUGCUUGCAGGUGGAAAAUAUUUCAGCUUCGUUUUACACGCUUCGCGGAACACACAAUCACAACACUUUUUGCAGUACACAGAAUUCUGGCCUAAGAUCUGAUUUUCAUCUUUUAAGCUUGAAAUGUGUAUGGUAAACGAAGAAAGAGAUUUUAUUUGGCUUUCAAUCGAGCUGUAUCUGUAAGUGAAAGAAAGUCUUAUUUGAGUAUGUAGUCAGCAUGAUUUCUGUCCGCUAAAAAAGCUUAUAGCCAGACCAGGUUACGUAAAAAGCCAAAGCUUGAUCACGUUUUCUGUAAAAUCAGAACAGAGUUACCACGUUGGUCAGAAUUAAUUGCCUUGUCAUGCUUAUGUGUUAUCGGCUGUUGCUUUUACUACUUCUCAACUGUGUCAAGGCAAACGACUCUCCACUUCAUAUCGUUGUAGCUAUCGCAGAUGAUCUUGGCUGGUCAGAUGUUAGUUUUCAGAAUGUAUCGGCAAUAAACACACCUCAUAUUGAUCAACUAGCAAAUAGAGGGAUAAUAUUGACGAAUCAUUAUGUUCAGCCACUUUGCUCGCCAUCUAGAGCAAGCCUGCUUACUGGGAAAUAUCCGAUACAUUUAGGUGCUGGUUUGAAUGAAAACGUAUUUUCGCCCGAUGGAGAUAAAGGCCUGCCUUUGACAGAAACUCUGCUACCUGAGAAGUUGAAAGAACUUAGAUACAAAACGGCUCUGUUCGGAAAAUGGCAUUUAGGUUCCUCUAAGUUGGGCUAUGUACCAACAAGGCGGGGGUUUGAUCGGUUUUACGGAUUCUACUCGGGAGCGAUCGAUUAUUAUCUCCAUAACCAAACUGCCCAUCGAUGCUUAAAGCUUAAAAAAGAAGCAAGCUUCUUAGAUUUCAGGGACCAAGAGAAGGUUGUUAGAGACAGGCAAGGGGAGUAUAGUGCAAAAGUUUUUGAUGAAGAAGCCGUCAAAUUUAUAAAGGGUCACAACAACAGCCAACCGUUAUUUUUGGUUAUGUCUUAUCAGAACGUUCACGAUCCAUUGCAAGUCCCUGAGCAGUACUCGUCCAUGUAUAGGCAUAUUGGAGACAAGGAUAGGAGGAUAUAUGCAGGAAUGGCAUCUUACUUAGAUAAUUCGAUGCGUUUGUUGACAGAUGCACUCGUAAAUAACGGCUUUUGGAAUAACACCCUUUUACUUUUUCUGUCAGACAAUGGAGGGAACCCUACCUCUGCCGGAUACAAUUGGCCACUGAGAGGGGCUAAAGGUACAUUGUGGGAAGGGGGAAUUAAAUCUGUGUCAUUUCUUAGUGGCGGUUUUCUGAAAAGAACAGGAUUUAAGUCGGAUUCGCUGGUCCAUGUUUCAGAUUGGUUUCCAACCCUUUUAAAUUUAGCUAGAAAGCACAGUUCAAGAGUUCUUAGGUCUAACAAACCAGGAAAAGUCUCAAAAAAUAAUAAAACUGUAAAAAGAAGGGAGGGUUCCGACCUCGAUGGAAUUGAUAUAUGGAAGGCUGUUUCUGAAUUUGGUUCUAAAUCCAAAAGAAAGCAUAUUGUCCAUAAUAUAAACAGCAAGAGUUAUGCGGUACGAAAAGGGAAUUGGAAAUUGAUCUCAGAACUUGACAUGGGUUGGUUGCAGCCACCCGAAAUUGCAAAUGGGACAGCUCACAAUAUGACUGACAGACCUCUGGAUCCUAAAGAAUUUACUGGUCAUUUAUUAGAUGCCAGGCUCCCACGCAUUCAGAAUGGCCUAUUUGAUAUAUCACGUGAUAUAAGUGAGCAGCACGAUCUGAGUGCGGAGCGGCCAGAGAUUGUUGCAGAGUUGUUUGAAAUUGUGAAAAAGUACAAUGAAACAAUAGUUGCUCACGCUGUCAACUAUAAAUGCAAUGACGAUGCUAUCGAGAAAGCAAAAAAAGGGAACGCAUGGGGACCAUUCUCCAGAAGAACAUCUUCAAUAUCCAGUCUUUUAUAGCAAUAAUAAUAUUGAUCACAAUAAUUGCCAAAUCCUUGCUCUCGUGUUUGUUUUUAUGAAAUCAAUAUGGUAUUCUGCAAGGGUUGAAAAUAUUUUAUCAAGUGCUGCUGUUUGUAAUCAUAUGCCAAUGUCGAUAGCUGCCUGUUUUUAACCGACUAAUAAAUAACUUAUUCUUCAGACUGUAGCUUAAUAAGUUACCUUACAAAUAUGGGAAAUAAGUAUGCUCUUAACAAAAAAGAAUACACCAAUUCGACUUACGGCCUCAUUUUGAAAAAUUCUUCAAAUUCUUUUGUAGAAAAUUUUGACCGCAGAUUCAGAUUGAGAGCAAUACUUGGAAAUUUUCAUUCUGGUAUUGCUCACGAUAUUGAUUUUAUGACGACAUAAAGAUGAAAAUUUUAUAAGGGAUUUGACCGUGAUUGGCAACUAGGGGGGUAAAGUUUCCCCCCGAAACGAUUUUUGCGGUCAAAUCCCUUACAAGUUUUUAAACUUCAUUUCUCCGUAAAAUCUAAAAUACAAGCACAAACAAUAUGAAAAAUUGUAUCCGGCCUA